CGUGCACGCCACACGCUAUAAAAUCCGUGCCUUCUUCUCCGUUCCAACACGUUUCCCGUUAUUCACCAUUGCUCCUUCGCCGGAAUCAAUGGCCGCCUCAUUAUCCAAAAUCACCAUCCUCAGACUUCAAUGCUCACACCACUCAUCCAAAACUACUCUAAACCACACCAUCUCCGACCAGCCAUCGCCGCCGCUCAACGCCGCCAGCUGGCUCCACCGCCGCCCCGCACGCUUCCCCGCUUCAAACACCAUCACCGGAAACCUAACCACUCGGAGCCUCCAACUGCACCGUCUUCCCUCCAUCAACUCCGCCUGGUCCGCUGGUACCUCCAAUCGAUCAAAUCACGCCCGAUCGCGACCAAAAGCGCCACCGCCGCCCUCAUCUACACCGCCGCCGAUAUAACCUCCCAGACGAUUGUGGGGGGAAUGGAGCAACGGUAUGAAUUGGUGAGAACUCUGCGCAUGGGCGGUUACGGCAUGGUGAUAUUGGGGCCGUCGCUGCAUUACUGGUACAAUUUGAUGUCGGCGGUUUUCCCGAAGCGCGAUGUGUUAUCGACGCUGAAGAAGAUCGGUUUGGGGCAGGCUGUGUACGGACCUGCCAUGACUGUUGUUUUCUUCUCUGUUAACGCUGCUCUUCAAGGUGAAAAUGUUGGUGAGAUUGUUGCUAGAUUGAGACGUGAUUUGGUUCCUACGAUGAUGAAUGGGGUAAUGUAUUGGCCAGUUUGCGACUUCGUCACCUUCAAAUUCACCCCUGUUCAUUUACAGCCAUUGGUGGUCAACUCCUUCUCCUACCUAUGGACUAUUUACAUGACUAGCAUGGCAAGCCUAGACAAAGUCGGCGGCGGUGGACGCCGUCUCGUACAAUAGCCUACAAAUCACACAUGACCGAUAGCGGUACAAUAGCCUACAAAUCACACAUGACCGAUAGCGACAAUCGAUGAUUUAAAGUAUCGUGCAAUAGCAUGCAAACCACAAGUUUUAUGCAAUAGCAUGCAAACCACACAUUACCGAUAAUAGUGAUCUAAAAUUCCAAUAGUGGAGGGAUUUUUUUAUUUUUGAUUGUAGACUUGAAAUUGCAGUUAGUUGUAUUUAUGAUUUGUUGUAUUUAGUAAUGUAACUACUUUUUUGGAA